UGUGCGACGUGCGCAGUGCGCACUCCGGCUUAGUGAUUGGUCAUUGGUUGUAGAGCGUGCACUGAUAAAAUUAUAAAGUAAUGUUAUUUAAAUACGCAAGGGAAACUCAAAAGUAUAACACUGUGACUUAAAUUGAGUAGCUGUGGAUUUGAUUUAUAAGAAAUGACAACUGACAUUGUCAACUGACAGUUGAGUUAAGUUUGGCCGUGAAUACAUUUUAAAGGUAAAUUUAAAAUAUAAAUAAUACAUAUUUAUCAAUAUGUUAUAUACGAAGAAGUGUUAAUUAACGCCAUAAAUAGUACUUAAACAAUUGAAUAUACGAUUUCUCUAUCUUUAAUAAGUAAGCUCUUUAGUAAUUAUACAUAAUGUCUGAUGAAGAUAUUGGUCGUGAAAAAUGGUCAGCAGAGGAAAGGAACCGAGAUAACCUGCAUGUAUCACCAAGCUGCUCAAGUUUUGAAGUAUUAGAUCCUCAUGAUCCCAUUAUAAGUCGACUUGCUACACAAUUGUUUAAAAGGACUAAUGAUUACCUUCAAGGUGAAGUAACAGCGGGACAGGAUCAUUAUAUACUGCUGGAAGAAAUUAACAGAUUAGCUAUAACAAAGUAUGCUGAUCUUAAAAACCUUACUGUUAACUUGGAAAAAACCCUGAAUGAAUACAACAAAAUGUAUGAUACUAGCAUUUUACCACUUCUGCAGCAAAUUGAUGACAUUGAUUCUCAGGUAACACAAUUUGAAGCAAAUGCAUACCGUUUAGACAGUUACACCAAACAGCUGAAGGCACAAUUUGAAGAGCUAUGUGAAAAGAGCAAAUAAUUAAAUUUAAUUAAAUUACAA